AUGGUUCUUAAGAAUUCUAAAUAUGAUAAACAGGCCAAGAAACAAUAUUUGAAGAAACAUGGAUUAUAUGAAAGGCCCAAGACUAUUAUUAGGCCGAAAUGGUCAUCAAAGAAACAAAAAAAUUCCGAAAUGUUGAAAUUAGAGAUCGAUGAGAUGACAAGUGAUUGGGAUUCAGAUAUUGAUGAAGAUAUAGUCAAUUACUUCUAUCCUGCUAUUUCUGAAGAGCUUCCAGAAAUGCCAUUGGAAAUGAAAAGAAAGGUAAAGCGUCAAGUGAUUGAGGAUUUAAAAGUUCAGAGGAAUGAAUUGUUCAAUCAAGAUAUUGAAGCUAAUGAAGAAACUAUCAAAGAUAUGAAGGAGAAUGGAAUUUUCUUGGGUCAGGAAUCCUAUCCGGAAGUCAAGUUGACGGAAUUUAUUCCUCAGAUUCCUCUCACUAAGAGAAUACGGAAAAUACCCAUAAAUCGUGAUGAUGAUGAUUUGAAUGAUUAUGGAAUUUCAAUUUCCGACACUGUAACGAAUAAUGAUUACGAUGAUGUACAUAAGAAGAAAUUGGCUGAACGGAGACUUGAUCAAAUCCUGAAUGAAGAAUUGGUAGGUUUUAGAAUAGGUAAGGAUUCAUUAGGGGAGGUUAAAUCGAAAAAGAAUAAUAUCCAAAUAUUGAAUGAGGAGGAAGUUAAGAAAGACGAAGAACUUACUAAGAAGAACGACCAACAGAAAUUCUAUAAUGAAAUCAAGAAAAAAUUUGGAGCACCUCAAAAAAGUAAGGUAUUAGAAUUAAAUAACUAUGAUAAUACUAAUCCUGAACAUGUGAAACUCAUCAAUAGUAAAUUAGCGUUCGAAGAUGAAGGAGAUUUGGAUGCUGAUUUAGAUGAACUUCUCGGCACAAACUUCAAAUCUAUAGAUAUCAAAGACGAAGAACCUUCAUACUCCAGUCAAACACCUAACGGUCAAACACCUAACGGUCAAAUACCCAACGGUCAAAAAUCUACCAGUGGAAAAUUAACCAACACCAAAUUUUCAGCUCCUAAACCCCCAAUGCCUAAUUCUUCGGCUCCUCAUGAUGAUUUCCUUGAUGAGCUCUUGGGCUAA